AUGGAGGACGAUGAAUGCAAGCCCUUUCCGCGGCCCCGCACUCAGAAAUCCUGUCGGGUGCAGAGAUGCCCCAUUUGGAAAGCCAACAAGUGGACUGAGUGCUCGGUGACGUGUGGCGUGGGGACGCAGAAGAGAAGCGUGUUCUGCAGACUCAAAGGCACAAGACACGUCAGAGAGGAGCUGUGUGACGCCCGCUCUCGCCCUGCUGUUGUUCAGCCAUGUCAGGCCCCAGAAUGCACGCCUUACAUUUGGGUCGCUGAUGAAUGGGAGCAAUGUAAAACAAGCUGUGGUGAUGGGGUCAGGAGCAGGACGGUGCGCUGCGUGGGUCCAGGGAGUGUAGAAGUCGGUGCUGAUUACUGCGAACGAGCGUCACGGCCGGCGCCCCAGGAGCCGUGCACAACAGCCCCCUGUCAGUAUGGGUGGUCUACUGGCCAGUGGUCUCAGUGCUCGACCAGCUGUGGCGUAGGUUAUCAGCAGCGGUUUGUGUCCUGCUCUAUGGUGCUCCCUCCAGCGUCCAGUCACUCGUCCAGCUCCUAUUCCAACAUCAGUGACUCGCUCUGCCUGCAGCCCCGCCCACAGGGCACCCGCUCCUGUGUGCUCAGGGAAUGCCCACACACCUCCUAUUGGAAAACCGGCCCCUGGAGCAAGUGCUCCCAGACUUGUGGAGCUGGAGUGAUGCAGCGCAGAGUGGAGUGUCAAAACGCCAAAAGUCAGCCGUCCAAACAGUGCCGUUCAGCAGAAAAGCCGGACUCCCAAGCUGCAUGUAAAGCACAAGAAUGCCAGCUGUUGAGUUCCUGUAGAGAGGUGCAGCUGCGACGAAGCGUGAGGAUGGAUGGGGAAUACUAUCUCAAAGUCAAAGGCCGGAUUUUACAGAUUUACUGUGCGGAGAUGCAAACCGACUUCCCCAAGGAGUACGUGACCUUACGCAGUGGUCAAACCGAUAACUACUCUGAAGUGUAUGGACACAGAUUACUAAACCCGUUCGAUUGCCCGUACAAUGGCAGCCGCACACUGGACUGUGAGUGCAGAAACGACUACUCAGCAGCGGGCUACACAUUGUUCAACAAAGUGCGCCUGGAUCUCAGCUCCCUGCGGAUAAUAAUUACAGAUCUGCAGUUUUCCCAGACUCUGCUCGGUCGACCGGUGCCUUUCGCUACAGCAGGAGAUUGCUACAGUGCGGCCAAAUGUCCACAGGGCCAGUUCAGCAUUAAUCUGAUUGGCACGGGCCUCAAGGUGUCUGAGGCUACAAAGUGGACGACUCUGGGCAACUAUGUCGCGGUCAAAGUUCAUCGAUCAGAGGACGGGACACGAAUCUAUGGUCGCUGUGGUGGAUUCUGUGGGAAGUGCAUUCCGCAGGCACACAAUGGCUUACUCCUUCAAGUCCACUCCUGGUCUUGUGACCUGAUGCCACUCCUCACCUUCUUGCCCUGGCUCCUACUCCUGCUACGCUGUUCUGCAGACACAGGAGGCAAAUGGGAAUUCCUGUCAUAA